UGCAGCCAUAGGCUGUAUUAAACUGCAGUUGAAAAUACUUGGGAUCGGAGGUUGAAUCCAUUGAUUUUUGACGAUGUAACUCCUCUCUGCAAGGUUACGGCGACAGUUUGAAUAAAAAACCCCUUCAUUUUGUGUAUAACCACCGCAAAAAGGGCAUAUGUGCUCCUCGCCGCUUGAUUUCCGACUCGCGGUGCUCAGUGUUGUCGGGGUAAUAGAGUCCGUUUCAGCUGCACUGCAUCAACAUGGGUGUGAUCGGUGUGCAGCUGGUGGUUACCAUGGUAAUGGCCAGUGUAAUUCAGAAAAUCAUACCUCAUUAUUCCUUCGCAAGAUGGCUACUCUGCAGUGGCAGUCUGCGGUGGUAUCAGCACCCUACGGAAGAUGAGUUGAGGAGCUUAGCUGGGAAACAAAAAGGACAGAAGAGGAAAGACAGGAAGUACAACGGUCAUAUAGACAAUAAGCCGCUAACCGUCCCCAAGGACAUCGACUUACAGCUGGAGACGAAAUGCAUCACAGAAGUCGACACGUUAGCAUUGCACUACUUCCCAGAGUUCCAGUGGCUGGUGGAUUUCACAGUAGCGGCAACUGUGGUCUAUCUCAUAACAGAACUCUACUAUAAUGUGGCUCAGCCCUCAGGAGAGAUGAACAUCAGUGUGGUUUGGUGCCUGCUAGUACUCACUUUUGUCAUUAAAAGUCUUUUCUCUCUAACGGCCCACUACUUCAAGCUGGAGGAAGGAGGUGAGCGUUCACUCUGCAUUACUUUUGCUUUCUUCUUCUUUGUCAAAGCCAUGGCCAUUCUCAUCGUCACUGAAAACUACCUGGAGUUUGGUCUGGAGACAGGUUUUGCAAACUUCUCUGACAGUGCUCUACAGUUUCUGGAGCACCAGGGCUUAGAGUCCCAGGGUCCCAUAUCUAAGCUCACCUUCAAGCUGAUCUUGGCCCUGCUGUGCUCCCUGAUUGGAGCAUUUCUAACUUUCCCUGGUCUACGAUUGGCCCAGAUGCACCUAGAUGCACUCAAUCUCACCACAGCCAAAUUUACACAGACUCUGCUUCAUAUCAACUUCCUGGCCCCUCUUAUCAUGGUCCUGCUGUGGGUGAAGCCCAUUACCAAGGACUACAUAAUGAAUCCCACUCUGGGAAAGGAGAGUGUGCCUUUGAUGACUGAGCAGACGUAUGAUACGUUACGGUUAUGGGCCAUCAUACUGAUGUGUAUGCUCCGGCUCGCUAUGAUGAGACAUCAUUUGCAGGCCUACCUCAACCUGGCCCAGAAGGGUGUGGACCAGAUGAAGAAGGAGGCUGGACGGAUAAGUACCGUUGACCUGCAGAAGAUGGUUGCACGUGUUUUUUACUACUUGUGUGUAAUUGCACUACAGUAUGUUGCACCGCUGGUGAUGCUGUUGCAUACAACUUUGCUGCUAAAAACCUUAGGUGGACACUCCUGGUGGGUCUAUCCUGAAGAAGACCUGCCUUGUACCCAUGAAAUGAACUCUGACUCUGUGAUGGGGGCAGCCCCAACGCCAGCUUCAGUGGUAGAAACAGGAGCCCGGGCGUCAGUAGCCCAGCUGUCAGUGGCCCUGGGAGGCUUGCGGACUGUCUUCAGCCCCUUGCUGUUCCGGGGCCUCUUUUCCUUCUUUACUUGGUGGAUUGCUGCCUGCCUCUUCUCCACCUCUCUUUUUGGCCUCUUCUACCAUCAGUAUCUCAUGGCGGCAUAGCGUCGCAAACCCAGCAGUUCGACUUGAUCAGAAAGGACUGAGUGGGGGUAACAGAAGCAUAUUCUGCUCCAUGACUCUUACUCACUCACUCACUCACUCACUCACUCACUCACUCACUCACUCACUCACUCACUCACUCACUCACUCCAACCACGUCACAAUGACUGACCAUAUCGUUAGAGCUCCUGGUUCAACUUCCAGUGCUUCCUCCACAGAUGACUCUGUGAACUCUUGUCAUUGUUUUUACUACUACGACAACUACCUUUUUAAUUUGGAGAGAAAGAUUUAUAAACCUUAAAAACAGAUUGACUAAAGUAUGAGUUUGAAGAAUAGUAAUCCGUGUUAGUGGUGUGUUGGCAUAGUAAUGACAAUUCGGUCCAGUUUGCUGUAUGAAAUUUGAAUGACAUGAGGUGAAAGACUAUCUCAGAGGCUCAUUACAAUUUAUUUUACAUGGUGAAACAUAGUGUGGCCCUUCUGCUCAGCUCCACCAGUUUUAGAGAAGCCAGUGAGGAGAGUUUAAUGUUAAUGCACCUGAUCACAAGAGUUUCAUCCAUCAACAUCUUCAGGUUCAUGAUGUCUUUUAUUUUAGAAAGCUCAAAGGGUAGCCUCUUGAGGCUUCAUGCAUGUCAAUUGGAGUCAGAUUUCAGACUGUUGUCCUCCUGUUUAAAUUUCCUCUGUCUUCAGUGGUCACUAAGGCUCCUUUUAAACUAGUAUUGGCAAUGAAUUACAUCACACUUAUCCAGGUAAAACAUCUGGGGUUGCUCUGCAUGACUGCAUACAUGCUGUUAGGUUUAAGCAUGUAUGUGCAUGGCCUUGACAUUACUGUAAGAGUCAUGCAACAGCCUAUAUUCCAGUUUGUAUCACAGUCCCUGAUGGAUCCAAUUUCACACAGUGAUACAUACAUGAAGCUACAUUUAGCUUCAUAUAAUAUCAUGGAUGCUAAUGUGUGACUUCAUAUUAGCCUAAAAUCACACUAACUAAUUUUUUCCUUGUAUAACACUGACAACUGUUAUACGUGUGCCCAUGUUUGUCUUGUGAUCAAACCUUAAAAAUAUGUGUAUUCAAACAAGAUAGCUUGUUUCACUUAUAGGUCUAAAUUCCGUUGACCACGGACCACAGACGAGUCUGAGAGAGUCUUAAAAUUUCGCAGCAAGGACCAAUGUGUCACUGUUUGUUAGAAGAGCAUGUGGGGCUGCCUAUGGAUAUUGCCAGAAUAUCUGGUUGGGUAUAGCUGUGGGCUCACCAGAGUUGGAGAGUGGACAACUGCAGAAGAGUUGAGGAGGAAGAGGAGAUGCUAAACACGUGGGUAGACAUCUUAUUGACUUGAAGCUGUUGUAUUUAAAAUGUGUGCAGUUGAACUUGCCAUAAAGGACAAACUUGUGUUUUUAAAUGAAAGGCGUUCCAACAGAUUUGUGAUGUUCAAUUUGCAUUGUAACCUCCCUGGUUUUAACUGAGCCAUUUUAGAAGCAAUGAGAGAAUUUGAGUGUUGGGGGGGGGGUUGCGCGGUAGUGAUUAUUUUAAAGGGAGGACCGCACUGAGGGCUCAGUCAAGAUAUGUGCUUGUGUCCAUGUGUCUGUCUGCAUGUACAGGAUCUCUGCUGUAGGUCAGCUGUAAUCUGAAAGGGCAUUGUGAUGAGGAGAUGAUUUCAACAACUGUUGAUAAGCUACCACCAUGUUCUGCUUUCCUUUUUAUUUUUUUACCCAUCUAUUGAGAACAAUCUAUUGUUUUUAUUUAAUUUUUUUGUAAUGGAUCAAAUAGUUGUUUUUUUUUUUUCAAUGGUGCCAAGUGAGUAUGUUCCCCUGUCCCAAUGUCUGUAGAUUUGGUGUCUGCUAGUGUUUGAAAUUGCAACUCUGUGGCCUUCUGUUUUUUGUAGUUCCAUCUUGAUUAGGAGGGAAUCACAAGCUCUGGUUCACAACAGGAUAUAACGGUAUUUACAGUGUAUUCGCAUACUGUUUUGGUGGGUAAAUGUACGCACAAACAGUCAUUGUGCUGAUAAAGCACUGGGCCAAUGAUUGGCCACUCUAUUCAGGAAUGUAGGGUACAUGGUGCGAGAUCAAUUACAGAUCACACAAUCCUGUGAUUCCCUGGCAUUUCAUGUUGUCAUUACAUUUAAUAUAUCAUACAGCUGUAAUUUCUGAAUUCCAGCACUGUUUUUUGUUCAGGACACAUUUUACAGAGUCGAGCAGCACCAUAUCACAUUUGUAAGCUCCUGAUGUUGAAAGUCUUAGCUCAGUUUUUGUCUGUUUUUAAAUGAUGGGGAAUAUGCACAUAAUGAAUGUAUCAGUCCUGCCUAAUUUCUAGAUUGUUUUCAUGAACAUAAUUUGUGUGGUUAAUUGAUUUAACAUCCCCCACCCCCUGCAUUUCCUUACCUUUUUAAUUAUCUACUACCAUCUGUUAAAUCUACCUUUAAAUCUAAUUUGUCCUAAUGACUAUUGUUAUUGAUUGAUCUUUUGGUUUUGUAUUUAUUACGUGUUGAGGCCUAUAAACAUUUCUAAUUUAACAGCAAAACACUUCAUUUGUUAUUGGAGUACAUGAAGACUUAAAGUCAGUUUUGAAAUUCUUUGACAAAUCAGUUACAGAUUACUUUUUGUUAAUGGUCUGGUCUAAGAAGUUGGUAUACUUUCAGAAUUCAGUGGCCUGAUGAGGCAUUGUUUCUUCUGUUUGUUACCGCUGAAAGUGUUUUUAUUAUUCAUUGUUGGGUUCACAAAGUAAAUUACACACAUUGUUGUCAUGUAUUUAUUUCUGCUUAGAUUUUGUCUUAAAUAAAUUAUGUUCUUUUUA